CGUGGAGCUGUGGGAUCGCGCUGCGGCUGCCGGCUGCUCCAGCCCGCCCCGGGGCGGGACCGGCAGCGCCGAAGCCGGGCGGGCAGAUAAAAUACUUGUUUCAAGGGAGGCACUGUUCACAUUGCCAGUAAGUGAAGUGCUCUCAAUAGGAAAAAAAAAAAAAAAAAUAGGAGAAGAUGGAGGAAGCAGAAGAGGAUGACAUGACGUGUGGAGACUUGGGAAACGGACUUGGGAGAAGACCUGGCGCUGUUUAUCAAGGGGAAAAUUUACAAAACUCCUAUUCAUUUAGAUCUAGGAAGGGAUCUGGAAAGGUGUGUAGUUCUCUCUUGUCAGCAAAAAGAGUGGAAGAAAGCGAUGCCGCAGCUCUUCCUGGUUCAAAACGAAACAGUUUUUACGAUGGAUCAUUCAAAAAGCCAGUUACUGGUCCAACUCGACAGAAUAGCUGCGAAUCUAAUACUGAAGUGUCCAAUGAAGAACUAAAGGAACAACUUCGGGACGCUCUAGAGGAAGUUGAAAUUUUGAAAGUUGAGCUUGAAGCAUCACAAAGACAGCUUGAAGGAAAAGAUGAAGCCCUAAGAAUUCUGCAGAGCAUGGCAGUCUUUAAUAAAGCCACUAGUCAUACAAAAGCAAUGCUUCAAAAAACUGAGGAAGAAAAGAGAACUUUAGAAAAGGAAAUUAAUAUUUUGCAAUGGGAGAUUGAAUUUGAUCAAGAUAGAUUUAAAAACAUAGAAGACACAUGGACCGAAAAGUAUGACAGGAUAUAUUGUGAAAAUGCAGCUCUCAAGGAAGCACUGAAACUGAGAACAGAAGAAGUUAAAACUCUUAAAGCUGAAAAUGCAAUCCUGAAUCAGCAGUGCUUGGAAUUUCUUGCCAUGCUGGAUGUGAAACAACAGAAGGUUGUUCAGGAAAACAUGUCCCUGAAUAAAAGUGACAUUACAGAUUUUACAGGUCUUGAACUGGCGGUCCUUGGAGCCUGCACCUGCAAUACUUCUGGGGGGCAGCCUUGUCCCUGUGCUAAAAUGGCAGCUGUAACUCGAAAGCAACUUCUUCAUCUCAAGCAAGAGGUUGAAAAUCUGAAGAAGAGUAAAGAUGAAGCUUAUGUAAUGGCAGAUGCCUUCAGGAUUGCAUUUGAGCAGCAGCUAAUGCAGAGGAAAGACCAAGCCCUGAGGCUUGCAGAAGUGAUAAAGAUUAAGAAGGAAACUAAAUUUAUAAACUGGAGACGUCUGAAAGACGAUGGACGUGUCAAGUUACGAGGGAACAAGAACAGUCUGGGACAAAAACUGUCCAUCCUGCUCUCAUCAGAUGGGGACUGCAGGAAAGUCGAAGAGCUGGACAAUCCUCAUGAAAUCCUGAAGAUGUUAAUAGAUUUGGUAAAUGACAAAGAGGAGGCUCUGGCUCAUCAAAGGAAGGUUAGUUACAUGCUCGCUCGCGCAAUGGAGAUGAAAGAGGGUGUUUUGGAGCAGGAUAAAGGAAAUUGCAUGCCAGGGGGUCAUCAUCACGAAGCCCCAGCAUCAUCGGGCCCCCUACACGCCUGCUGCCAGGAGCUCCCUCCUCAAAACGGUGUUUCUUCAGUUCCCGGUGCAAAAACAUACGAAAAUCCGGUAAAAAUGCUUCGAAAAUCACACUCCUGGCCGUCUGGGAUGACGCACCGUGGAGACAACGAUCCCCUGGGAGAUUCGGAGGAAACGGUGGUGAUCUCUGUAUAGCCACCCGCUGCAAUAAACGCACUUUUGAACAGAGAAAUGCCUGAAAACGUCCUGUGAUUACAUCACUGGGGGCCAAACGCGGACAACGCACAAUUCUGCAGUAGUGCCCUAACUAUUGCUUUGGCAGAACAGCCCGAUUUAAUUAAUUUAGCGGCAAUUUCCAAGCAGGGUGAGGUCGCUCUCCGUCGCCUCAACCCUCGCCU